AUGGCGCUCCGUGAAUUCAAAGCCCCUGUCGACUAUGAGUUACAACAAAGUGCCUUUGAGGAAUUCCUCAAGGAGUUCAAGACGUCGCCCGAACACACAAUCGCCACUGCCAUGGGCGACAUCACCAUUGAUGAGGAUGAUCUGAGUGACGAGUACGACUUUAUGGACGAAGAUGACGAGGCAACCGAGCGCCGCCGAAAGGAAAAGGAAUCUCGACGGACCCCUCAGCACAAAUACAAACUGCUGUUGCAACAGCUAGCAGACAGAACCAUUGAGGAGAUCACCAUUGACCUCGACGAUGUCCACGCUUGGGAAAGUCAAACCGAUGAGGAAUUACAUCUGGUCGAUUCCAUUGAGCUUAACACGAAGCACUACGUCGAUGUUCUUUCCAAAGCGGUAGAUGCAGUCAUGCCUCAACCAAGCACCGAUGUCACCUUCAAGGAUGAUGUCCUCGACGUCCUGAUGGCUCGUCGUCAAGCCCGCAACCGCGAGCUCCAAGAAGCUGCAGAACGCGACCCUACCGCUGAGAAUGACAAGUUCCCUGCCGAGCUGAUUCGGCGAUACACUCUGGUAUUCAAGCCUAGAUCAGGUACCGUCGAUGAGCCGGCCAAGGCUUUGGCUGUUCGUCAAGUCCGAGGCGAUCACAUUGGCCAUCUGAUAACUGUUCGAGCCAUUGCUACACGUGUGUCGGAUGUGAAGCCAAUUGUUCAAGUCAGCGCUUACACUUGUGACCGCUGUGGAUGCGAAAUCUUCCAACCCGUUAGCGACAAGCAAUACGGCCCUUUGACCAUGUGCCCAUCUCAGGACUGCACGGCAAACCAGUCCAAGGGUCAGCUCAACCCUUCAACCAGAGCAUCCAAGUUCUUGCCCUUCCAAGAAGUCAAGGUUCAAGAAAUGGCUGAGCAGGUUCCAAUUGGUCAAAUUCCUCGCUCCCUGACCGUGUUGUGCUAUGGCAGCUCGGUGCGCAGGAUCAACCCCGGUGAUGUUGUCGAUAUCUCUGGCAUCUUCUUGCCUACGCCUUAUACCGGUUUCCAGGCUAUGAAGGCCGGUCUUUUGACCGACACAUAUCUCGAAGCCCACCAUAUUCAUCAGCACAAGAAGGCAUACAGCGAAAUGAUUGUGGAUCCACGACUUGUGCGACGUAUCGACAAGUAUCGACAGACUGGUCAGGUGUAUGAGCUCCUUGCCAAAUCGAUUGCCCCUGAAAUUUACGGUCACCUUGAUGUCAAGAAGGCUCUGUUGCUUUUGCUUAUUGGUGGUGUUACGAAGGAGAUGGGUGACGGUAUGAAGAUCCGCGGCGACAUCAAUAUUUGCUUGAUGGGCGACCCGGGUGUUGCCAAAUCCCAGCUUCUGAAGUACAUUUCCAAGGUCGCCCCUCGCGGCGUCUAUACGUCUGGUCGAGGAAGCAGUGGUGUCGGUUUGACUGCCGCGGUCAUGAGAGAUCCUGUGACUGACGAGAUGGUUCUCGAGGGUGGUGCUCUUGUUCUUGCUGACAAUGGUAUCUGCUGCAUUGACGAGUUUGACAAGAUGGAUGACACCGACAGAACAGCCAUUCACGAAGUCAUGGAACAGCAAACUAUUUCCAUUUCUAAAGCCGGCAUCUCCACCACGCUCAAUGCGCGCACUUCGAUUCUGGCAGCUGCUAAUCCUAUCUACGGACGAUAUAACCCCAGAAUUUCCCCUGUGGAGAACAUCAACCUCCCUGCUGCGCUCCUGUCCCGUUUCGAUGUUCUUUUCCUUCUCCUCGAUACCCCAUCUCGCGAAUCAGACGAGCAACUAGCCAAGCACGUUGCUUUUGUCCACAUGAACAACCGCCACCCUGACAUUGGCACGGACAAUGUCGUAUUUACGCCCCAUGAGGUGCGUUCGUACGUUGCUCAAGCGCGAACCUACCGCCCUGUGGUGCCUGAGUCUGUCUCGGACUACAUGAUUAAGACCUACGUCCGUCUCCGUGAUCAGCAGCAGCGCGCUGAGAAGAAGGGCAAGCAAUUCACCCACACCACCCCGAGAACACUGCUUGGCGUGGUUCGUCUCGCUCAGGCUCUUGCCCGUCUCCGCUUCAGCAACCAAGUGACUCAAGACGAUGUGGACGAAGCCCUGAGACUUAUUGAAGCCAGUAAGGAGAGUCUAAACGCCGAAGUCAACACUGGUCGCCGCGGCCUCAAUGCCAGCAGCAGGAUAUACAACCUCGUCAAGGCUCUCGCCGACUCGGGUGCAUGUCGUGCAGAGGAUGCCGAGGAUGACGAUCUCGGCGUUGAGUUGAGCAUGCGCAAGGUCAAGGAACGCGUGAUAGCCAAGGGUUUCACCGAGGACCAGUGGUUGAAUGCCCUGGAAGAAUACACAACGCUUGAUGUUUGGCAAACCACUGGCAAUGGCGCGAGAUUGGUAUUUGUCACUGCUGGUAAUGACGAUGAGGAUGGCAUGGAUGACUAA